CAUACAGUGGUUUUGUAAUACGAUUAGGUUUAUGAGAGUUUGAGGAAGUUUAAUGGGAUAUCACUGUUAAGGUUGUCGCAAAAUUGAGUUUAAUGUAUGAAUAGUGUUGUUCUGUCAUUGUUAUAAGUGUUCAAAAUGUCCAACCAUCGUAAUAAAUACGAAAAAGCAAGAAGACGUCUCGCCGCUGUGAAUUUUCUGUCGAACAUAUCUCUGGAUGGGACGUUCAAGGAUACGGAGUUAUGUCACGUCGUUAAGAAGAGCGAGAAAUCGGACACCAAGGCCGUUGAGCUGGUAAAUGGGGUGGAGAAGGAUAAAGGCCACGAGAGUGUCCGCCGCAAAGCGCCGCAGAGCCCUGCGCACCGCGUCGUCGACAACCCUUCUGUGAGCUCGGACUCCGAUCCCAACACUAGCAUCACUCCAGUCAAAGCUGUUGCCAAUCAUGUGUUUAGAGAAAGAUGUUCAUCUGGGAAUCACGAGUUAUUCAAAGAAAAGCUGGCAGGAGCCCGGGCCAAGAAAGUACAUCUAUCAUCACUUACUGGCAUCAAUAUUGAUGAUAAGAGCAGUUCAGAAAGCUUGAAUUUUGGUCGCUUCCGCACUAGCAGUACAUGUAUCCCUGAAAACCAGGUUCAUACAAAGGAGUUGCGAUGCAUUCGUCCCUUAACCAAGGGAGUUUCGUUUAGAAAUGAAAGGCUGGCAUUUGCAUCUGGUUUAGGUGUGCCGUGUGUUAUAUUCAGUACUAUACCAUAUUCAAAAACUGUCAGGAAUCCUCGUUCUGACCACAGAAAAGAUGGCGGUCGCCGUCGCAACACUUCCGGUUCCACAAGACCACUCUCAGCAAUUACUGACAAUGGUGUUGAUCCUUUUGAUCUCCUUGGAUUGGAAAAAGAGGAAAAUGGCCAAGAUAUCUCCUAUUCAAAACUGCUUGUACCAUCCAGAGUGUGUACCAGAGAACAAUAUCGAAAGAUGUAUGAAGGUGACUUUAGUGACAAGGCUAGUUGGAAGAUGAUGAAUCGCCAUCCUCAUGUUAUAGCCAGAACUAAGUUAUUGACGAGGCACACGGAUAAAAAAUGGUGCUUCUCGUAUGAGUCCUCGCAGAGGCCCCAAAUGGCCGCGUCGCCGCCCCUGAGUACUGUUGAUACCAAAACAUUCGAUUGGGAGGAAGCGUCGUUACUGACGCCAAAAUAUGUGCAGUAUUGUCCCAACGUCCUAGACGACCCCGAGCUGAUCGCCGGCAAGCACAGGACUCUACUCACGUUCACGUCCUACAUGACCUCCAUCAUCGACUACGUCCGUCCACAAGACUUGAAGAAGGAACUCAACGAUAAAUUUAGAGAGAAAUUCCCACACCUCAAACUAACUCUUAGCAAAUUGAGAAGCAUUAAGAAGGAGAUGCGCAAGAUAGCCAAACAUGACAGUGGCGGCAUCGACUUGCUAUCCGUCGCUCAAGCGUACGUCUACUUCGAAAAGUUGAUUCUGGCGAAUCUCAUUACGAAAGAUAAUAGAAAGUUGUGUGCUGGCGCCUGCUUGUUGUUGUCUGCUAAACUAAAUGACGUCAAGGGAGAAACAUUGAAGGCAUUAAUUGAGCGCAUCGAAACAACGUUCAGAGUGAACCGAAAGGACUUGAUGAAGUUCGAGUUCGCGGUUCUCGUAGCCCUCGAGUUCGGGCUGCACGUGCCGCCGUACGAGGUGUUCCCGCACUACCAGCGGCUGCUGCACGACUCGUGACCUUGGCGGUUGCCGUGCGUGCGCGCCCGCCGCCGCAGGUUGUCCGCCAGAGACGUGGAC